AUGCGCAGAGCAGUCCUUGGCGAUGCCGCUUCCGAGUCGGACUGCUCCGCGCCGCAGGCUCGGGAUGGGGAGCCCAGGGCAACCGUCUCCUCCUGGCAGAGCCCUCCAAGGGCGCUGGACAUGCUGACCUUCCGGGGCCAGUACACAGCUUCCGAGUCGGACUGCUCCGCGCCGCAGGCUCGGGAUGGGGAGCCCAGGGCAACCGUCUCCUCCUGGCAGAGCCCUCCAAGGGCGCUGGACAUGCUGACCUUCCGGGGCCAGUACACAGGGACACGCUACCACGUAUCGACCCCCGGGUCCCCAGAGCGGAGGGAAGACACGGGCCCCGCUUCCUGCCUCCAUUGCCGAGGGACCGGGACGCAAGCUGGCAGCGCAUCAGCAGAGGACACCUUGAGACCUGCUCAGCAUAGCACACCAAGGAAAACACUCUGUCCCAUCUGCAGUGGGCCCAGGAGCACCCCGGCUUCCAAACCCAGAGACAAAGCGACACACGGGGCAGCCCGCGGCACAGAGAGCACCUCCUCUCAAGGCUCCGGCCUCAGUCACAGACCCGAGACGACGCAGCAGCAACAGCAACAGCCUGGCCUUUGGUACCUGGCAGCCCCACCCCUUGGCACAGCUGUCAACUACAUCCCAACGGUGCCCCUGGUGCCUUACUCACCCCCCGUGCUCUACUGUGCUCCACCCGCACCUACCUCAGUCCCCGACCCGGCCGGCCUGCCCCCCCACUACUCCAGCGGGUACUCAGUGGCAGAGCUGAAGCCCAGGGCCACGCGGCAGCAAGCCCAUCACCGCCGACACUCGCUGAUGCUCGGCAUUGACCGCCUGGAGGACCUCAACUGGUCCCUGAGCCGGGCCGUGGAAGCCGCCAAGAGCGUGAAGUUCACCACCAAGCAAAUGAACAGGUCGCUGACCUCCGAACUGAGCAAGGCCAGGAGCCUGAGGCGAUCCUGCCUCUUCUGACAGGAGCUGGGGGCAGCUCCCCUGGGCUCUGGAGGGGACCCCCUGAGCCAGCAGGCUGAGCCUCUCAGAACAUCUGGAGAUGAACUUCCCGCAAACGUCUGGGGAACUGAUUUGCCAAAGAAUGACUCAGCUUCCCGCCCCUUCCGGGGGGUGGAGAGCCGCCCUCCAGCGCCUGAGGAGCCCGUGAUGCGCUGGAGUCUGCGCUGGGAGAGUCACCUCUCCCCUCUUCUCCAGAGCCCCCCCAGCCUGCAUGGCCCAGUUGCCUUAAGCCUCUCUCCUGCUUGGGGGCUGCCGUUGCACUGGGGGUCUCGCCGGCCCCUCUCCGCUUGGCCAGUAGCUUUCGGUUGGUGCUGCUUUGCUCGAAGGAACGAUUUGAAGAUGAAGGGAAACGGUGACAGUCCUUGGGACACGGGACUGGGCAGAGCUGCUCUGGCCUCCCAGGGGCCUGAGACCCGCACUUUAGAAUCCCCCGGCCUCGUCCCUAGAGAGCGCUCGAGUUUUCAGUAACGUUUUAACUUCCCCUUCUUCCCAUUGGCCAGCUUGGACACGGACACUGGCCAAUGACUUACCAUCUCACUGUGAGGUCCCACCCCUUACCCCUUGCAGAAAUUCCCACCUGGGCCUUGCCCCCAGCCCCGCCCCAAUACAACACAUCACAGGGCUACUGGGGCACAGCCUGGCUGGGGCAACUCUGUUUACAAGCUGAGCCUUUUCAAGAAUUGCUCCUGUUUUGUGUGGGCCCUGUCACAGUAAGGGUGGCAGUAGGUUACCUCAAAGUGCUUGUGGGGGACAGGAGACCUGUCUCUAUUCUACGUUCACUGCGGAGGUGAAUGGCGGAGGCUCAGGUGGUUAUGAGGAAUUGGUUUUCUCCCUGUUUGCGCCGAGGUGUUAUUGCCAGAGUGACGCUGGCGUGGGAGGGGACGUGAGAAUCGCAAGGGCUUUGCUUCUGGAGUCUGGAACUCCGCUUAGCUGGCAAUUCAAGAGGAUCGUUCACCUUCUCCUCUUCUCUCUCCUCCUGGCCCCUGCUUGUCCAGGCAGGGCGCUCCCCCUCUGAUCCAAUUCACAGCUUGGGCGACGAAGGGACGCAACAUAGGACGUUCCCAUCAGGGCGAGCCCUUGGCGCCAUCUUCACCGGCCCUGGGGCUAAUCCGGCCCUGUCUGACCGGCUCCAAAGCUGUGAUCGCGUGUCCAUGGACUUUCUCAGCUGCACCCCCUAAGGCACGCAGGAAGGAUCAGUCUGCGGGCAGCAGCAAGCAGAGGGUUACGCGACCAGUGUCCAAGUAAGAAGUGCCCGUCCCAGCCGCUUAGACAAUUCCCAUGCAAGCAGUUUGUAGCAACUUCUUUGAUAUUUUCCACCAUCUCUGCUGUUUCCUGGGUUGCUGAUGGCUCAGCUGGAGAAAAUCAAACACAACCGGUCAGUUUCAUUGUUGCGAAAGACUGAUCCUGACAAGCACCAAGCCCCCUUGCUUCCUCUUGAAUCUGAGGGUAUGUCUACAUGGCAAAGUUUUUUCUGAAAAAACAGCCAUUUUUUUCGAAAAAACUUCACUUAUGUC